AUGUUAAAAUGUUUAAUUCUAACUUCAUGUUUAGAUUAUUACAAAGGAUUUAAUAAUUCAAUUGGUACAUUUGGUGGUGUAUUACAGUAUAUUAAUGACUCAUCCAAUAGAGUGGUUCAAAUGAAAGCUAAUCUUAAAAAAUGUAAAGAAGAAUUACUUUUGAAGAGAACUGAUUUGUUAAAUUUAUGGUACAAGUCGCAACAAUAUAAAGAAAUGUUAACUGUUUUGGAAAUAAUAGAAGAGUUAAAGACAACUCCAGAAAAGAUAGAAACGAUGAUGGAAAAUAAGCAUGUAUUUAGUGCUUCGAAAUUAUUAUCGAGUUCUUUGAAACAGGCAAUGAGUAAAGAUAUGAUGCAAAUUGGGGCUUUAGAUGAUAUUCGAAGAACUUUGAAAUCUCAAAAAAAUGCACUUUAUGAUUUACUUAUUGAAGAGCUUCAUAAUCACCUUUAUUUAAAAAAUUCAUAUUGUGAUAACAGAUGGUUUGCGUAUACACCUCAGCAGGAGGACUUGCCUGAAAUAACCAUAAAGCCUAGAAUAUUUGAAGAUAUAAAACCAACAAAUCAUUCAAAUGAAGAUUUGGAUAAAAAUCCUGAAACAGAUUCAUAUUAUUAUAUGGAAAUUAUUAUGGAAUCAUUACUAGUUUUAGGAGAUAUUCCUGCUGCUUUAGAGACAAUACAAGAAAGAUUACCCAUUGAAAUCCAUUCAUUGAUAGAUAAAACUAUAUCUGAAGUAGAACAAAGACCUAUAAAUAAAUGGGUUGAAACACAUAAAAAAGAUAAAAAUAACGAUGAAAAUGACAUGUACUGUUUGGAUAAAGCUAAUUCAGAAGUAAAGAAUGAAAUUCUUAAGGAUCUUCUUUGGACACUGUAUUCAAAAUUAGAAUCUGUCUUAAGAGGACAUCGGUUUAUUGAAAAUUGUGCACGACAAAUCAAGAAACGGCUUUUAAGUGGAGAAACUAACAAUACAGAAGAAGCAUCUUUAGGUUCAAAUAUCGAAGUUUAUCAUUUUCAUGAGAUAUGGCGACCUGUUCAAACAGAGAUUCGAUCUCUACUCCAAGAUUAUUUAACUAGUUCAGAUCAGAGUAUUGUAUCUGUAAACGAGGCUUCAUCAACAAAUAACUUUCGUAGUAAAAGGGAAAAUUCAAAGCAACUUUUUACUUUUGCUGAAACAUCAGUAGAUACACAACUAAAUGAAGCAUAUGAUGAAGUAAAACAAAAAUUGAUCUUAUCUUAUAGAAAACAAGUGCCUGGAUUUAGUUCAUUAAAAUCAAAUAAUUCUUUACAUCAUUCAACUAUUGUGGAUAAAUAUGCCAAUGAUGUGUCGUCUAAAGGUCAUAAAAUAUUAGUAAAGCCAGAUGCUUAUAAUGUGAGCGUUUUGUUAAAGCCAACAAUGGCAUUCUUACAACGUUUAAGAGAGGUUUUCCCCAAUUAUGAUGACCAAAAUGAAGAAGGAUUCGAUAGCUUCUUAGACGAUUUUUCAGUAAAUGUAUUUUUACCACAGAUUGAAGAGAAGGUAUUGCAACUUAUCCAACAUGCUACAGUAGGUUUGGAGGCUUUUCAAGAUGUGCGUGAUUAUAAGAAAUACUCAAGAUACCCAAUUGCAAAGAGUGCUGUUGCAUUAAUUUCAGUCAUUCAAAGCUUAUGUCGUACAAUGCAUAGUAUGCCGUUUCAUACUGAUGAAUAUGUUCGAUUAAUUGAAGUUGUGCUCCUCAAAUAUUAUGAGAAAUGCUAUCAAAGAUUUUAUUCGACCAUAACUAGAGGUAAAUCCUAUGCUGAUAAUCAAGAAAAAAGCACAGCUGAAGUUACUAUUAGCACGAGUGGAGAUUGGGCUCAGGAUGAAAAUUUAGUUGGAUUACUUGCUCAGAAUCCUUUCUUUAACGACGAUCAGAAAUCUGAUAAUGAGUUCAUUAAAGCUCUUAACCAAGCUGAAAUAACUAUGGAAUUAAAAUUGAAAAAUGAUCGAUUAUUGGAAGCAGAUGAAUUAAUUUUUGAUUCUAAAAAAUUGAUAGCUUUAGGAAGAUUAUAUCAUACGUUAAAAUGGUUUGUAAGAGAAAUUUGGGAAUUACGCUCAGUCAGUAUUUCCUCUUCUAUGGCUCAUUCAACUACUAAAUCACUUGACCAAGGAAAUCUAUCCGAUAUUAAAAGCUCAAAUCAAUGGUCAAGCCAAAAUUCUAGUCAAUUUAAAGAAAAUCAAGAUAAUACUUCGACUGCAUUACUAUCCCUUCGUGGAGAAAUUGAAAAACGAUUUGAUGCAUUACUUACUACAUAUCAACAAUUAGCAGAGACAUGUUUAUUCACAUUACGUUUAGAAGGACGCUGUCACACAAUGUAUUAUUUAGAAAUGGCUAUUCGUGAUGGUAAUUACUAUCUUGAAGACGAAACUUUCGAGCCAGAUCCAUAUGUCAUCACUUUAAAUUCUGAUUUAAUAGAAUUGGAUGACUGUAUCAAUGCAUCUUUACCUCCCAGGGAUGAAUUAUUUACAUUUGAUGGUUUGCCUGGUUUAAUUGUUCAUAUUUUAAUAUCUGAAGCAUCUUAUAUUAAAAGAUUAAACAGUAAUGGUGUACAUAAGAUGAUUCGGAAUAUUUUUGCCUUACAACAAAAUCUAAGCAAUUUUGUACCUUUAUCUCAGUGCUCAAUUAUGGAACGCGCAAGACAAUAUUAUCAGUUGUUUAAUCUUGGUAGUGAGGUAAAGUAG